AUGCCUCAUCCAAUCAUAUCAGAAUUUGAUAUUAUUUUUGCUGGGGGCGGUACCACAGCUUGUGUUGUCGCAGGCCGCCUGGCUGCAUGGGAUCCCUCGCUUAGUAUCUUAAUUCUCGAAGGAGGCCAACACACGCUCGAUCAAGCUGCGCAUGUGCAGCCUUACCGGUAUACAAGCCAUCAGGCGCCUACGAGUACCACCAUGACAUUCAACGUUGGAAAUCCAAGUCCACGUCUCAACGGCCGUGCUCCGAUCGUUCCAUGUGCACAUUGCAUUGGUGGAGGCUCGAGUGUGAAUGCUAUGUUUUACACUCGUGCGCCUGCCUCAGAUUUUGAUGACUGGGGAACCGAAGGGUGGGAAUCUAAGAACUUGCUCCCCCUCAUGAAGAAGCUGGAGACAUAUGAGGUGCAGCCCGAUCGCCCAACCCACGGGUACAGUGGACCUAUCAAAGUGUCUUCUGGUGGAUACAAACUAGGUGUCAGCGAAGAGUUCAUCCAUGUUGGCACAACGUAUCACAAGAGGCAACACGUCGAAGAUACUGAUGAUUUAGAAACGUGUAACACAUACAGUCCAUGGGCGAAGUACAUCGACGGGACAACCGGAAGACGUUCUGAUGCGGCCCAUCACUAUGUCUACAACCAAGCUCACAAUGCAAAUUUGCAAAUAUGGGUUGGCAAGCGCGUGAAGCGCGUAAUAUUCCAAGAUAAGCGUGCCGUAGGUGUCGAGUUCACCAGCGACCUAGUGUCUUGCCCAGAUGCGGGUCAGUCAUCAAGCAUCGUGAGAGCAUCAAAGCUUGUUGUUAUUUCUGCUGGGGCAUUCGGUUCGCCAGCCAUCCUCGAGAGGUCUGGGAUCGGCGCCGAAACCAUUCUGAAGCGGUGCAAUAUCGAGCAGCUGGUGAACUUGCCCGGCGUUGGAGAAAAUUAUCGAGAUCACAACGGUGUCUUUGUUCCAUACUUUGCUGCUGACGAAGCUAUUACUAUGGAUCCCCUCUGGCUUGGGAAGGAGAACGUUGUCCAGGAAAACCUGGCGCAAUGGAAAGUUGAUGGCAAGUCACUUAUUGCCCAAAAUGGCAGCGAUGCAAAAAUCAAAUGGCGUCCUGAUGACGACGAACUGAAAGCUAUGGGUUCAGCCUUUCAACCACGUUGGAAAGAGUUUUUCCAGGACCGCCCAGAUAAGGCUGUUGCAAUAUUUGCCCUCUGUGCAGGAACCGCUGGGUUACGCUUGCGUAUCCUUCCUCCUCGCAAUUACAUGGUUGCCUGCUGUUUUACACUGUACCCCGUGUCUGCCGGCAGCCUUCAUAUCAAAUUGGACGAGAACGGCCAGGAAGGAAUUGACUUCGAAACAGGUUACCUGGAUGAUCCAACCGAUAUUGUACCUCUUAACUUUGGGUACAAAAGGAUGCGCGAAAUCCUUCGACGCAUGCCUUCAUACAGGGGUGAAGUCCCCGCCGGCCACCCCCAUUUCCCAACGGGAAGCGCCGCAGUCUGCGGAGAAACGAUCGGACCAGUGGACUUGAAUGCGCCUGACUUAAUUUACACAGCAGAGGAUGACGAGGCGAUCGAUCGAUACCAUCGUAGUCGCAUGCAAACGACAUGGCAUUCGCUCGGAACUUGCGCCAUGAAGCCGAGGGCAGAUCAAGGGGUCAUUGACUCUCGGCUAAACGUGUACGGCGUGACAAACCUCAAAGUUGCGGAUAUGUCUAUUGCGCCGAAAAAUGUUGGCACAAACACAUAUUCGACAGCGCUUCUCAUUGGGGAGAAGGCUGCGAUGAUGAUUGCUGAUGACCUGGGUAUUGAAUGCAGACCAUGCAGUGAGUUGUCGUGGAAAAGUCCUCGAUCGCGUCUGUGA